AGAUAGACUUUUAUGGUGUUAUUGAUAGAAUUUCAGACUCCUGUGGUAUAUCAUAAUGACAUAUUAAUAUAUAAGUUAAUUUUUUAACCGAUCUAACAUCACAUGAUGAACCAUGGUCACGUGAAUGUUGUGGUGGCAGUGAUCAAUGAGCGAAGCGGCAAGGGAGAUCACUGCGUUGGAGUUUGGUUUUUGACAACACAGAAAAUGACGUCACUCGACCUUCAGUAAAGAAAAUGAAAGUCUGCAGCUCUCAAAUACGGAAAUAUCUCACAUCCGAGGCAUAUACUGACACUUUCAGACAACAUCAAAAAGGACCUUUUGAGCGAUUUGACAAAGUUCCAGAAAUCCCGAUGUACCAUUGCUCCGUUACGGACCACUGUGGGAUUUGUGUUUAUCCCGAGCUCAAAUAUGUUUUCGUAGAUGAAAAGCUGACAUGUCUGCUAAAGCCCAGCUUGUUCUAGAAUGAGGUUUGCAGAAUUUUACGAGUAUGUGGAGGAGAAGAUAGGGGGCGUGUUUUCAAGAUAUGGUCGGUUCGUUUCACGUCAUGCCUGGAAAAUCAUUAUCGUUACAGUGAUAGUCAAUGCUGGUCUGGGUGUUGGGAUGUUGAAUUUAAAGUCAGAUAUUGACACGGGAAACGUGUAUUACCCGAUAGGAAGUCAAGCUAGAAAGGAUACAGAUAGGGUAGAGGAAAUUUUUCCUGACCUAAGUGGAUCUAAUUUCAACUCUCUGCAAUUAACCGAAGAACCUCAAUGGGCCAGGAUAAUUGUGAAAUCAAAAUCUGGAAACAUAUUAAACCGGCCGGAACUGGAAGAGGUGAAAAAUAUCGCGGAAAAUGUACUGAACAUCACAGCAUCGAGCGAGAAUGGAAAUGUCAUAAAGUUUACAGAUGUUUGUGCUGUCACGCGCGGUAAGUGUAACAUUGAAGGUGAUCUGUUCUGGAGCCCAGCUUUUCUUCUCGCCGUCGACAAUAACAACGUGAUGUAUCCUGAAUUCACAACUAGCAAGACCGGGACACAAAGCUAUGCUUCUGAUAUAGGAGGGAAGCAAACAUUUGAUACUACAGGCAAGUACCUCACUGGGAUGGAAUUCAUCAAAGUCAGUUUUAUGAUUCGAACUGAUGGAUCCAGUUUUGAAGAGAAAGCAUCUAAAUGGGUUGACAAGUUUAACGAAUAUAUGGAGAGUUAUACUUCAAACCAACUGGACAUAGGAUAUGGUCAUUUCAAAUCACGUGAUGAGGAAUUGGAUAAGAAUGUGGCUGGAGAUAUAACUUUAUUCUCCAUAACCUUUACUUUGAUGAUUACUUAUGCUUGUCUAACAACGUUGUCAUCAAGAUGCACAGAUCAAGUCGGACAGAGGAUGAAUCUUGGUUUCGCUGGCAUACUUGCUGCUGGACUGGCUAUUGUGGCUGGGCUUGGGCUUUGUGCUGCGGCUGGUGUGACGUUUGUUAGCAUUGUCGGUGUUAUGCCCUUCCUUAUAAUAGGCAUUGGGAUAGACGACAUGUUUAUAUUGCUGUCUGGACUGUCAGAGGCACAGACCAAAUUUAGUGUAGGGGACAAAAUGGCGGAAACAUUACGUAUUGCUGGCGUAGGAAUCACAAUUACAUCUUUGACCGAUCUUAUAGCGUUCAUGGCUGGAGCCGGAUCUACUUUUGUAGCAGUUAGGAAUUUCUGUAUUUAUACAGGUGUUUCAGUCAUCUUUUGCUAUAUCAACAACCUCACCUUAUUUGCAUCUUGUUUGGCGAUAAAUGAACGCCGGUUAGACGCAAACCGCCAUUUCAUGACGUGCAGACGAAUUAAGACAAAGGAGCAGCUCCGCACUGAAGGUGCCUCGUCUAAAACGGUUAUGUGUUGUGGCGGAACACCACCUACAAACAGAUAUGAGGCUGAAGGAUAUCUAGAUAAGCUUCCGCGCUGGCUUAUACCUAAAAUAGUUCUUAAAACACCAUUGAAAGUCAUAAUCAUUUUACUUUUUAUUGGGUACCUGGUAGCGGCAAUUUACGGAUGCAUUCAUAUGAAACAAGGCUUACUUUUGACUAAUUUGGUAAAUGAAGAGUCUUAUUUCUACAAGUUUUCCAAGUGGGACGAAGAAAAAUUUCCCCGUCAGUCGCCAGUGUCCUUUGUCAUACAUGGCGCGUAUGAAUACUCCAAAAGUCAAACAAAAAAUAUGGUAGACAACCUGAUUUCCGAUACUCAAGCGAAUAGGUACUUUAAUGAUGUCUUUGAAGUAAACUGGCUUGAAACAUAUGGGAGUUCUGCAUAUUACAUCAGUACCUCCGAAACUGCUUUCAUUACAGGUCUUUAUAAAUUUAUAAACGAUCCUAGAUAUUCUAGAUUUGAAAAUGACGUUGUAAUUGAUUCAACAAAGGAAAGAAUUACAGCUUCACGCGUUUAUGUUCUAUCGGCGAAACUCGAGGACAGUCAAGAUGAAGGAAAGAUGAUGCUGGAGGCAAGAGCUAUUGCUGAAGCAGCGACUAUUAACUGUUUCGCCUUCUCGCCAUAUUUUGUAGCUUUUGAGCAAUAUGUUGCCAUAUUAGGACAAAGUUUACAGUCUGUAGGGAUAGCGUUGGCGGCAGUAUUUGUAAUCACGUGCAUAUUUAUGCCACAUCCGGUUUUAAUUUUGUUUGUUACCAUUGCCGUUACAAUGAUUAUGGUGGGUGUCUUUGGGUUCCUGCUCUACAUAGAUGUUACUCUUAGUGCAAUAACAAUGAUACACAUGAUUCUAAGCGUAGGAUUUUCCAUUGAUUUCACGGCACAUAUAUGUCACGGCUACAUGAUCUCUAUGGCACAAACUCGCGAUGAAAGAGUCAAACAUUCUAUUGAUAAAACUGGCGCACCGAUUUUCCACGGAGCGGUUUCCUCUCUUCUUGGAAUUUUUGUGCUAUUUUUCGCAAAAUCAUAUAUCUUUAGAACUUUCGGAAUAGUAAUGGCGUUCGUGUUGUUGUUCGGAAUAACGCAUGCGCUGCUUCUACUUCCUGUUGUUCUGUCAUGGUUCGGACCACUGAGACACAACUCGGUAGAAAACGAAGAAAGUAUGACUGAUUUAAACCCAAGACCGACACCAAUCUGAAAGUUGUCCCAACUACCUUGAAAUGUGAUAAUUUAUUUUGUAUGAAUGACAUUUUAGAUAGUUUGUUUCAUAGCAGUAUGUAAGGUUUCAUCCAAAAAUAAUCAUCCUUUGAUUGUUUUCGAUCAGUACUCACAAUAGUCUUUUUUAUCUACUUUUAUUACCCCCUUGUGUGUGGGUGGGGAUGUAAAUAAUUGUGUGUAGCUUGUGUCUGUAUAAUGUCCUAACAAAUUAAAGCUCUGUGAGAUUUCCAGAUCUAUGACGUUUAGCAAUUAUGUGAUACAAAAAUAUGUUUGGUUUGAUCAGAAUAUUUGCUUAUCUUACACAAAGAAUAUUUGCUUAUCUUACACAAUAUCAUUGGCUGUGUUAGUUAGUGGUGUGAGCGUCAUGUCUCUGGUUUUCUUCAUUGAUAUGCUUUAUGGUACAAAGUCUCUUAUAAUUCUAUUUCAAGAAUGGCCAGUACUAUGUAUUUUAUGUUUUGUAAAAUUUAUAUGUGUAUAUUUGUAAUGCAUUGGAAGAGACUGAAAUAAAAAUAAAAUCACGAAGUUUUUUAUGUAAAAGCUAGCUGCCUUAAGGUCUUAAACAUCACUAUCAGUGACAUAGUGUUAAUUGAUAAAAAGGUGUCAAAAGAUAAUGGAUUCUGUUUGAUAUUUUGGGUGACAAAUCUAAUUAUUUCACACUUCUAUGGCUAUUAUAAAUAUGCACUUUGGAGUUGUCCCAGGUUUUAAAUGUAUUUUUCAAAAUCUUUCAGGUGUACAUUGAACAAAAGGUAAUUAUACCAUUAGAUAGUUUAUUAAAAUCAAACAACAAUCUAUUAGAGAACUGCUAUAACCUGUGUAAAUAACAGCAUACAUGUGUAUUAUGUUUUUUUCCAGUGAUACAGAAAAUAAUGCCUAAGUAAUGCUAAGAAUUAGCAUUAGCAUUACUUACUUUGGCAUUAAAUUAGCAUUAUUUUCAAUGCUAAAAUUGUGGCAUUAAUCAUUACUUGGCAUUAUUUGAAAAAAAUCAUGCAUUACUAAUGCAUUAGCAUUACUACAACCAGGAAGGUCUAAUAAGUAUCAGUUGUUCCAGCUACAAACCUGACUGUCUGAGUUAUGGCAUAGUAUCAUUACGAUCGAAUAUACAGAUAUGAAAAUACUGGCAUGUUAUAUAACGUGUAUCUAGAAAAAUAACGUUAGAAAAAGUAUCAUUAUGAAGUAAAAACAGAUAUGAAAGUAUUAUAUCUGUCAUGUUAUAUUGGAAUAGACCGAGUAUGAUGAAGUUUGUUGAACUUAUCCAGUCAGACAAUAAAAAAAUCAUAAGAAAUUUAGGAAUGUUUAUUUAUCAUGCAUUUGUCUUAAGAGAUUCUACAUUAUAUGGAAAUUAAUGUCCUUAUUGCUCAUAGUGAUAUGUGAAAUAAGGCAUGGAUUAAAUUGGUCAUUACGUGGCCUUCUCCGAAUCUGAUACUGUUAACAUGAAUAAAAAUAACUUAUAAAUUGAAAUUAGUUUACAGUUAUUAGUUUAUGUAAACGUUAAAUGUUAUAGUAUACAAAAUAACAUAUAGGUAGUUAAACUUCGAUUUUAAUAUUAUGAGCCGUGCCAUGAGAAAAUCAACAUAGUGGGUUUGGGACCAGCAAGGAUCCAGACCAGCCUGCGCAUCCGCGCAGUCUGGUCAGGAUCCAUGCUGUUCGCUAACAGUUUCUCUAAUUGCAAUAGGCUUUGAUAGCGAACAGCAUGGAUCCUGACCAGACUGUGCGGAUGCGCAGGCUGGUCUGGAUCCUUGCUGGUCGCAAACCCACUAUGUUGAUUUUCUCAUGGCACGGCUCUUAUGAUGUUAAUAGUACUAUCUAUUUAAGUGUCCUGAAACGGACUGAACUCACUGAUUAUGUCGAUAUGUUUUCACUGUUACGCGCAUUAUGAUUAUGUAGUAAAAGAUAUUUAUGGCAAAUUAUCUAUAUUUAAAUGUUACAUGUUUUCACACUGUUUGUUCAUCAUGUAUUAUUGUGUGAUAUUAUCCUCAUGUAUUUAUAAAUGCAAUGGAUUUAAAUAAAGUAUCUAUCUAUCUAUAUAAUAUGUAACUAGAAAUAUUGCAUUUAAAGGUAUCAUUAUGAAGUAUAUGAAAAUACUGUACGACGCUUGACAUAUAAUGCUCAAUUAGUAAAAGUAUCAGAUGAGCAUAAAAGUGUGUGAAAGGAAAAGGAUUGUGCACUGUAUUUUUUUGUCCAAUAGUCUGGAAUUUUUACUGAUUAUUUUUUUAAAGUAUAAAAUGAUUCCUCUGCCUGAAUAAAACAACAUGUUCAAAACAGUGACAGAUAAUUAAUUAGGUUGUUUAUUAUUUUCCAGUUUGUCUCAAAUAUGUUAGAAGGACAAUUCUUUAUUAAUAUUGACUUCAUGUUGUAGAUAAUAUUUCAUAUUCUAACACGACCAGCGAAUAACCUACAUACAUGUAGAGCAAAAUCUAUCUCUGGUUAUUCUGCAAUAAACCACUCACGUGCAAUGACGUCAUCCGAUCCAGGUGCGUAGCACGGUCGUAAAAAGUAGUAACCAUUUUUUCUAACAUUGUUGAUACUAGGAUGUCGUGUUAGAAUCGAAAUAAUAAGUUCCCAAGUGUGAUUUAUCGAAGAAUAACCCGAAUUUUUUGUUCUUGUGCGAAACAAUACGGCCUUCGUGAGAUAUUCUUACGCAUAAGAACUCAAAACUCGGGUAGUAGACUACGAUAAACCACGUUUUGGGAACAUAUUAUUUUUUAAUUAUUCGCUGAUAAUAAUCUACCAAGAUUUUUGCUUGAGAAUAUGAACUUUUUAAUAUAUAGAGAUGUUAAGUAUUCAGGAGUACUUUAUGCUCCAAACAAAAAGCGUAUUUUGUCUAAUUAUUAAAGAAAUAUUUUACUCUCCAUCUGUCUCUUAAGACCUUUAAGGAAUGAACUUGUGUGUCUACAUUUUCAAAACAAAUGUCCUAUUGUUUCUGAUUCACUCUAGCAAAAGUCACAUAGAUCAUUAUCUUUCAAGAUUAAUGUUCUUAAAAAAUACUUACUGGCAAAAUACGAUGUAGAAGUCUAUAUUGAAGCCAUUGUAAAUUGCUAUCCCUUGUUACUUUAAAUGGCAUACUAUAAAAUAUUCCCAUACUUCAAAUUCAAAGUGAAAUUAUGAAUAUUCUCCUUGUAUUAAUCAGACAUGUUAGGCUAGACAGCAAGAUCUAUAGUACUUUAGAACCAAAGAAACAUUUGACCUAAUAUUUGCAAAAAUAGAUCGCCAGCCUUGGGAGUAGAUAUGAACUUUGUUUAUUAUAUUUACAUCUGUGUUCAUUUAUUUUGCAAAAUGUUAUCUUAUAUCCCCACUCAGUAUGUUAGAUACGGGUUUGAAACAUGGGUUUUCUUUUCUUUAUAAUUUAACAUUUACCAAUGUUGGGGUUCGGUUUUGAACGCGAAGCUUGAAAUGCUGCAAAAACUUCAACUGAAUGAUUCACUUAUUGACUAGACUGUAUAGUGUGUGUACAGAAACAUAACGUAUACAUUUUUCUUAGCCUUUCCUCAUUUGAGGUUCAUAUGUGAGACAGGUUCUCGUUGUUUUCAGUUUCGCUUUUGUAUUUUCAUUUUGAAAGCUUACGCGACAGGAUUUUAUGUAAUAAAAUAUUUGACAAUUUAGAGAUCUGUUCAUUUUAGAGUGAAUCUCAGUUGCCCAUGAAAUUAAUUAUUGAUUACUUUGUUUUGUUUCUUUUGUUUAUGAUAUACAUUAUACGAUAACUUGUGUCCUUUCUAUUUUAUAUACUCUACAACGCCACACUUUGCUUUUGUUGUAUUUCUGACAAGUACUGAACAUGGGCAAACUAUAAUUCUAACGCUUUUAAGAUUUUCUUUUGUAUAAGAAGUAUUUUACUGUGUAUUGUCUUGUCGAUUAAAACAUGUUUCGCAAAAUGACA